AUGUCGAGAAUUCAAAGGUUGUUUUGUUUUCUUAUUUUGUUGAAUCCCUUUUGGAUUCAUGUUUUGUAUUUUCUUUUCAUUUCAUCUUUUGGGUUUUGGGUUUUGCUUAUUUUAAAUCCAAAAUUAGCUCCAAAAAAGUUAGAUCUUUUCUUCACUUCUGUCUCAGCUUCCACAGUUUCAAGCAUGUCAACCAUGGAAAUGGAGGUUUUUUCAAAUUCCCAACUCAUUGUUUUGACUGUUUUAAUGUUUAUAGGUGGUGAAGUUUUCACUUCCAUGGUUGAACUUCAAUUAAGGAAGUUGAAACUCAAAUUUUCUGAACAAAAAAUUGCUUGUGUUGAAAAUGAUUUCAAUAAUAACAAUCUAGAGUUGGGAGUUAUCAAUAAUAGUUUUGAUAUAAUUCUAAAAUAUGAUUCCAUAAAGUUUUUGGGAUAUGUUGUCCUUGGUUAUCUCCUAAUUUUCAAUUUCUUAGGCAUAGCAUUGGUUUUAAUUUAUUUAAAACGUGUUUCAAGUACUGCCAGAGAAGUAUUGAAAUCAAAAGGUUUAAGAACAUCAACUUUUUCACUUUUUGUCGUAGUUUCAACUUUUGCAAGUUGUGGGUUUGUACCAACAAAUGAGAACAUGAUAGUAUUUAGGAAGAAUUUAGGGUUACUUUUAAUACUUAUUCCACAAGCACUUAUUGGAAAUACUUUAUUUCCUUCUUGUUUGAGGUUUUGUAUUUGGAGUUUAGGGAAAAUUAUGAAGAAGAAGAAAGAAGUUAUUGGGUUUUUGUUGGAAAAUAGUGAAGAAAUUGGGUAUUUGCAUUUGCUUCCAAAGCUAUAUUCAUUGGUUUUGGUUGGAAGUGUUCUUGGGUUUGUUUUAAUACAAUUUGUAGCAAUUGGAGCAAUGGAGUGGAGAUCAUCAAAUAAUGGAUUUAGUGGAUUAAAUUGGGUUGAGAAAUUGAUUGGGAUUUUGUUUUUAAGUGUAAAUUCAAGACAUAGUGGUGAAUCAACUGUUGAUCUAUCAACACUCUCUUCUGCCAUAUUGGUUCUCUUUGUUGCUAUGAUGUAUCUUCCACCUUACACUUCUUUCAUGCCAAUAAAAUCAAUUGAAGAAGAAGAAAAUGAAAUGGAAGGCAAUAGAAAAAGAAGAUCAAGAACAAAAAGGGCAAAAUUUAUGGAUAAUUUUGUGUUUUCACAACUCUCUUAUCUCAUCAUCUUCACCUUCAUUAUAUGCAUCACUGAGAGACAUAAUAUGAAACAAGAUCCUCUCAAUUUCAAUAUUUUCAACAUUGUUUUUGAAGUCAUCAGUGCAUAUGGAAACGUGGGGUUUUCGAUGGGAUAUAGCUGUGGAAGACGAGUUCAUCCUCAAAGCAAUUGUGUCGACAAGUCGUUUGGGUUUUCUGGAAAAUGGAGCGACAAUGGAAAGCUGGUUCUUAUUGUCGUCAUGAUCUUUGGACGAUUAAAGAAGUUUAAUAUGAAUAGAUCACAAAGAGCUUGGAAGCUUCUCUAAUACAAAAUACAUCACCUGUGUAAAAAUGAAAACACAACUUUAUUUAUAAUCAUUAAUACAAAUUUCUUUGCCUUAAUCUAUUAACACAAA